AUGGAGGAGGAAAAGGUCACAGAACUAACCCCUAGGGUUGUUCAGCACAUGGCAGAAUUUGACAACACAUUUCAUCCCGGGGUAGACCCCAAAGAUCUUGUUCACACCGUUCAUGGCACGAUAGUUAGUGAACUCAAGGGCUGGGAAUCCGCACCACGUCAGAGAGGUGAAAUAUUCUGCUACAAUUGUGGAUUGGAUGAUGGCAUGGCCCGAGAUGGAUACACUUCACGCGUAAAGAUCGCACAUAUUAGACACAAUAAUGCCCUAUGGGAACUUGGCGGACCAGAUGGGCCGUGGCUAUUGAAAGAUGAAAUAAACAUUGCCAAAGAUGGCAAGUCGGUGGACUAUACAACACAGAAAUUUCUUCGGGAUGCCAAUAUAGGUUUACCCCUUGUGGAAAUCAAAGGAAAACCGGUGGAAGAGUUGCGUGAUAUUUGCGAUGAACAGUACAAAGAUCUUACAACGGAUCUUAAAAAACAUAUCAAAAGCAUUCGCCAAUUUACUAGUCCUCACAUGGGAAGAGUAGAUGGCGGAGAACUUCGUGAUAACUAUAUUGGAAAAUGCGGUGGAUUUCCCUGUGUGAAUACAGGGCGAAAUGAAGAAGAAUGGCUGGAAAAUUUAACUCCUGCGAUACGCAAAGGCCCUUUAUGGAAACUUUGGUUGCGCAAUAAAACUGGGCGUCAAGAUCCAGCGACACGGGACAAUUGGGUCAAAUGGGUGGACGAAAAUAUAGUUGAGGUCAAAGCAGACUUCCCAAAGGGUGGACCAUAUGUUCUAACCCAUGGCGACUUGCAUAAUAUGAAUAUCUAUGGCUCGAAUGACAAUGCGGAUCAAAAGUGGAAGGUCACCGCAAUUAUUGAUUGGGAAACGGCUGGCUACUAUCCUUGGUGGGUAGAACUUCUUCGCAACCCUCGACUACUAAGCGGUCCCGGUACGGCCGAAGAGCAGAUGUUGGAGUUUUGCCCCCCAACUUUCAAGAAGGAAGAUUGGGCUCCCAUGGUAUGGGCCAUAGAGAGGGUUAUUAAGCUAUAUGAACGUGGAGGAGGUAACAGUCAUAGCAUUCAAGGAAAGAGUGGUGCAAAUAAAUGGUAUAGCAAGGAAUUUUGUGAUGCCAUAAAGUAA